GGUCACAGAUUCUAAUGGGUCACAGGUUUGGUGUAACACCGGGUAUAAACACGCGCACGUCACAGCGGCUCUCGGUCCGGUGUCUCGGUGUAAACAGGGAGGAUGGCGGAGAACGGGAAGGAUGAGCUGCUGGUUUCUGAUGAAGAACCGGAGCCCCGAACACCGGAUGGGACCUGGAACAACACGGUUCAGGAGGACUCGGAGCUCCUGAGGAGGAUGGAGAUCUGUGUUGCUGAGGCUGAGAAGAGGAGCGGAAAAAACUCAGUCAGCAUGCAGGAGACUUUCACGGUGUACCUGAUCGAGACCAGGCUGAUGGAUGUAGGGGGGGAAGGUCGUCUGCCUCCCCCAGACUCUCUGUGGAGGAGAUACAGCGAGUUUGAGCUGCUGAGGAACUACCUCAUAGUUACCUAUCCAUUCAUCGUUGUUCCUCCUCUACCUGAGAAGAGGGCAGAGUUUGUUUGGCACAAGCUAUCGGCAGACAACAUGGACCCGGACUUUGUGGAGCGCCGCAGGAUUGGCCUGGAGAACUUCCUGCUUCGAGUGGCUUCUCAUCCCAUUCUGUCAAACGACAAGAUCCUGCAACACUUCCUCACCGAGGACCACGGCUGGAAGGAGGCCGUAUAUGAGACGGGAUUUCAGGCAAAGGCAGAUUCCAGACUCAGAGCUUUAAGUGCCACCUUCAGGGUGAGAAGUCCACAUAAAUGUUUCAUGGAGAUGAAACACUACAGUGAUGAUCUUCAGUCUCACACAUCUCAGCUGCUCCGAACACGAGCUAGGGUUGCUGAUCGACUGUAUGCUAUCUACAAGGUCCAUGGGAACUAUGGAAGAGUCUUCAGCGAGUGGAGCGCCAUCGAGAAGGAGAUGGGAGACGGACUGCAGAGUGCAGGUCAUCACAUGGAUGCAUAUGCUGCUUCAAUAGACGAUAUCUUAGAAGAAGAAGAACAUUAUGCAGACCAGCUGAAGGAAUAUCUGUUUUAUGCUGAAGCGCUGAGGGCGGUAUGCAGGAAACAUGAGCUGACCAAGUUUGAGUUUGAGAUGGCCUCCCAGGACCUGAUCUCCAAGAAGCAGCAGCGUGAGGAACUGGCUACAGGGAUGGUACGGACUUUCUCCUUCAAAGGCAUGACCAACAAACUGUUUGGACAAGACGCCCCUGAGCAGAGGCAGGCCAGGUUGAGCCUCCUGGAGGAGCUGAUAGCUGAGAGCGAGGAGACGGUGAAGGAGAAAACAGUCGAGUGCGAAGAGCACGUCAAGAAGUCCAGGAUGGACCUGCUGCGCUUCAAGUCUCAGAAAGACAAAGAUCUGCGGGAAGCACUUAUCAGCUACGCCGUCAUGCAAAUCAGCAUGUGCAAGAAGGGAAUACAGGUAUGGAGCAACGCCAGAGAGUGUUUCCUGAAGAUGUGAAGCUGAAGCUUCGUUGUUGAUCAUGGACAAUUUUUCUUAGGCAAAGGUCAAAUAACAACCACAGCUUAACCAUCAAAGGUUGGCAGCUACGGUGGUGAGAAAUUAGAGGUUGUGGGAGGACCGAAGUUUUUUAAGUUUUAACCAUUUCCCACUUUAAUCUGGCCCCUCUGCAAGUUAAAUUCAUUUUCUGGUCAUGGUUGUGUAAACAGCCUUUAACAUCUUGGAGUGAGGACAUCACAUGUUGGAUUAUCAAGUAAAGCAGGAUUUUUAUUAUUUAUAUCAUAAAUAAGAUGUUAAAUUUAUGGACUAUAGCUCACUGGUGUGGACAAGAUGGCAGAUAUAGCUGCUGAUGGCGUACAGUGUCACGUCUGACCCGUGUUAAAUGGACUGAUUUAGGACAGCUGAAUGAAAUAUGAUGCUCCUGAAAAGGAGGAUGGAUGGAAAAUUGAUAUGGUUUAUAUCAGUCCUGUUAUUUUAAUUGACAAUGAAUAUGAACUCAUAUUAAAUGUCAAUCUCUGUUCUGUAGAUAAAGCUUCUAUCACGUCAUAUUUAAUUUAAUUCAGCUUUAAAUGGCUAUGAAAUGAGGACUUUUUUGUUUUAAGUAACUCUUAUCUCCUCUCGCCUUAUUUAUUCGUACCUCUGGUUGGUGAACUGAAUUUAAGCGGAAGAAUAAUAAUUUAGCUUUUACUGAACCAGAUAAGGUUUGUAAAUCUGGAAAUGAGUUUAAAUAAAUGAGAUUAUUUCUACUGGGAUUGUGUGAGAAGGAGUUACUUAUAUUUAAUUAAACUGUUUUGUGUUUAGUAAAAUUUAUUAAUGUGCAUUAAAAUCUUUGCACUGUU